GACAGUAUAAGAACCGGCGCUUUCAUCUUAUUGCAUUUACAUUACAAUUCCUGUAGAGAAGACUUUCUACACACUACACUUCACAGCACUCCCAGAGAGGGGCCAACAGAAGAUCUGUGCAUCAUUUGACUGAAAUGUAAGAUUUAAAGAGAAGCAAACACGCUGCCACCAUGUCGAUGUAUCGGCAAAAAAACACUGAGAAAGGAACCAGGACUAAAGAGAUCGUGCGUGAGACUGACAGGGACAAACAUGUUCUUCUGCAAAUGCUGGAUCUGCACAGACAGAAGGUGGAUCCAGUUGACCUUAUGCAAAUGCUGUACCUCACUUCUUCCUGUGUAGAAGACAAUGUACCCCAAAACCCGACAGAGUUGUCCACUGUGUUCUUGAGGCGCCUCUGGUUGUAUCAUCCACAGGCUCGCGACACUUCAUGCGAGGUAGUGGCAGGAGCCUAUACUGUGGCCAGACCCCCUGAAGUAGAUGAGAGUUCUCAAUGUGCCAUCAACCCUUUGGACCUGGUGGCCGCGGUUUUCAUGACUACAAACAGCUUUCUGCAGCAGGAGAUCGCUAACAGAAUGGUGCUCAGCCACUUUGCAGUGCCUCUGUAUCUGCCGCCUGUUUAUCCAGAGAAAAGAGGAACAUUUCUCCUUAGUCCUUUCAGGGGUGUUCUGGGCAGGUGGAAGUCACACUCUUUGGACGAGUCCAGAAACAUCAUGAAGAACAUGGCCAGUUCCAGAAUGCCCUUCCUCUCUGCCGUGAGACUAGGCCACUGCAGUGUCUCAAAGUCACGCGUGUUGAACAGAGUGCUUGGGGGUUCACACGAGUUACAUGAAUGCUUCACAAAUCGCAACACUGACGGAGGGCAGCUUCCUCGAAUCCUCUCUGAUGGCCUGAUAGAGGUGAGUUGGAAUUUGUCCAUGGCAGAUCAGGACAACAAAGUCUUCCCCAACCCCUUACUGAUGGCCAAUCUCCGGGGAGAUGCAGCGGAAUGUAAUAAGCAGGUCAGCCUUCUGUGCUACGCCUCUGCAAUCCUUCUGGUAUUCUGUGGGAACCUGGGGAUGAAGGAAAGAAAGCUGCUGUCUUCAUGGAGGGAUAAUGCAAGCCAUCUGAUUCUAAUUGACUGCUCAGAAGCAAUGCAGGGAGAUGCAGGAAGUGAGGAAUGCGAACAUGAAAAGAUGAAGAACAUCCUGAUAAAAGAUUUAGAACUUUCUGAAGAAUGUGUAAUUAAUGCACAUGAUGGCAAUGAAGAGAAUCUGGCUUGGAGGUUAAGCUAUGCAAUGAACAAACUGGUUUCACAUCUGCACCCGACAAAUCUUGUGGCUGCUGCUGGUGUGGCCAGUGACCUCAACAUGAAGGUUGAUGAAGAUGAACUCUCCCAAAUGGCAUUUACUGAGGUGGAAGAGGUCCUAAAUGGAAUUGAAAGUGGAGUCAGCAAGUUCUUGGAGGAACAACUGCCUCUACAAGGUCCUCGCUGGAAACAAUUGUGUGAUGUUGAGCAGAAACAGGGUAAGCUUAAAGAAGACGUCCACCUGAGUCUGAGUCAGGAGUCCAGUGGGGGAAAUAAAGGCUUAGUUGAGGAAUUUAUGAGUUACAAGUUAACUGAAGCUAUGAAAACCUUCCUUGAGGCUCUCUUCACUUAUGACACAACCAAGCGAGCCUUCUUCCUUUCCUGGAUGAGGGUCAAACUUCAAGUCAUGCAGCUGGAUAAACUCUCUGAUACAGAGGAAGAUCAGCAGCAGGGCCCGUGCAUUGGACUUGAGCACUUCCUGCGUGAAAUGGGGCUGAUUUACGAGAGAUAUUUCCGUGGUCCUACCAAUGAGUUGUACAAUAUGUUCAGCCUACCAUAUCUUGCUGCUGAGCUGCUACUCUAUGGAGUUCCUCUGGAGCUCUUUGAUGGAGACGCCUCAGUGUUCCCACUGAAUUGGGUUUACAGCGUUCUGUAUGAGGUCUACAAACAGGUGCCACAGAACAGUCGAAUGAGAGUUUUGACAACCUUCGGCUUCCAUGACUCAAAAAAUGCAGAGCUACUUUCUUCUCUUUUUGGGGUAAGCUUCCCCAAAUGGGGCCAAAGGCACAUAAAAGGAGCAUAUAUGCUUCUUCUUAGUUUACCUGACAACAUCAGAAUGCAGUUGGACUGUGAAUUUCUGAUACUAAUUGUCACAGAGGGUUUGAAUUUUUUGCAUGCAGGACAAACUGAGGAGAGUCUUUUGCAUGCUAAUCAACUGGCAACCUUUGUCAGUGGAUUAAGUGAUGUUACACUGGUAAAUUUACCACAAGAGGGCCUGGCUGGAACCCAAAAUAAUCUUCAGAUUGCAGUGAAUGCUGUUCUUCACACCAGGGACUUGCCAAGGAAACCUGACUUUCAAGUUGUUUCUGAAGGACCAGCAAAAGAUGCCAAAAUCCUGAGUUGUGUGAUUGACAUCCUAAAUCAGAAGAAGUCUCUGGGUACUGAGGGAGGAAACAUCAACCACAGCCUGGUUGGUCCAUGGACAGACCAAAAUCUCUUCUCAGAAACUGACCAAAUAUACAGUGAUGCAGUUCUGGAGCUGAAGCAGAGCCUGCUGGCUGUAUUACACAAUAAGGCAACCACAUGCCAACCAACAUGCAUGGGUGCAUUUAUGGAGCAUAUGUGCAAUUUUUGGGAAACAGUGAAAAAUCUAACAUUUGCAACUGGCUUGGAAGACACACAUGCAGCUGGUCCACUCAUAGGUCUCUGCACAAAAGUUGUAGAAGGUGAGGAGCAACUUGGGCAUAGAAUAAAAUGUUGGGUUGAAGGGCUGGAUAACCGAAUAUCUGAAUUGGAAGAAUCAGCUUCGCAAAGUGGAGACUAUGUUGAUGAUCCAGAUGGCGUCCACAGAAUCUUAGACGAAGAGGCAGCAAUGCUAAUAAAUUCAGAAAGUGACAAACUUAAAUCAAGCCUCUGGGAUUACUUCAGACAGGAGGACAUUGACAUGGCCUUUGUAGAACCCUAUAAAUCAAAUCUACUAGAAAGAGUCAGCUCCACAGAACAGCAAGCAGUGCAUGGCCUUAACCCAAAGAUUGAAACUGCUAUAAUCAGACAUGACAUGUCAGUAAAGAUGCAAGCUUUGCUGACAGCUCUAGAAGCAGCCUUAGAGGUCAGGUUACGAUCUCUUCUGGAGAGAUGCAAGAACAAUAACAAUUUUAUUGAUGACAAACAACUUGAAGAAGAGUUUAUUCAAGUUUGGAAUGACAUUCCCUCCAACCUCGAGCUCCUGCCUAUUGAGACACAUGAGAUCCGUGCGAAAGUGAUUGAGAAACUGAGAGAAAACUUACAAAGCCGUGGGCUGAAAAAGCAAAAAGUGAAACUCAGAAACCACCAGAAUGGUUUCACAGUGAAGAAUGGACAUCUUGCUUUGCGUAGCAAAAUGAAGCGAACACUGAAGCAUAAUAAGGAGGUUGCACAGAGGUUCACAGAUAAUUUGAUUGAAGACUGUGAUAAAAGAGUCUCUGAGAAACUAAAGCAUAAGGAGGAUUACUCUGACAGCUACAUGAGAGAGAUACUUGCAAUUGUCGACAAGGGUUUAGAAGUUCUGAAAAUGGAGUCAUUCGUAAUGAAACCCAAAUUUGAGGCCGAUCUUAAAGGGUAUAUCUGCAGCAAAGCAACAGAAUCAUUCCAAAACAUGCAGAAUCUACUUAAAAGAGAAAGAGAGACAAAGGAAAAUUUUCUCUACGAGACCCAGGAAAGACACCUGCUGGAUUUUAUUCACAAUUUCCGCAGAAGGGACCAGUGCCAGAAAGCUGCCUGGGAAUUCACUAAUCAGUGCCUCAGACCUGCAGCUCUUGACUUCAUCUACACAAGCUUAGAAAGACAGAUUUUUGAUGACAUAUUGCAGGGGGCCAACGGACAUGUGUAUUCAUUGCCCAAGACUUUCCACUAUCAUCUUCUCAAGGAACUCUUGCUGGAGGACAACUUCAAGAAAUUCCUAGAAUACCUGCAGUCCAAUGAGAGCUACUGUCGCAAGAGGAUCGAAGGUAUUAUCGUUGAACAUCUGUCUGGAUCAGUGAUGAUAGAGGACCGGAGGGAGCAGCGUAUGCAGCAAAUCUGUCAACGAAUGGAAAACUCUAUUAACCUAAUAUCUGAAGAUGGUGGCACAGGUCAGAGCAAUGCCAGGCAGCUUCUGGAAAGUGUCUGUGCCGUCCUUCAGAGUCCUGGAGAUGUUACAGUGUCCGCCGAUUCCUUAAGGAUGCCUCUGUUUGAAGUUAUCCCACAGAGAGAGAACUUCAUCACCCAGUUAAAAGAAUGUGUGGCUGAGUUGUCGUUAUCACUUGUCCAGGAGUUUGGAGAAAAUGAGGAUGUCAUUGAAGUCCCAGAAGACCUUUCCUAUAAGCUCCAAGACCUACUGUACGACCAUAUAAAGGGAUGUGAUGAGCAGUGUCCAUUCUGCAAAGCUCCGUGUGACCUGGGGGGAACAGAACAUGCAGUGCACCAAGCCAUCGUGCAUCGACCCAAAGGACUGGUGUGUUACACCAACGCCGGUUCUACUUCCCUGUCCCAUUUAACCUGCUCUGCUGAAAUGGUUGGAGAGAACCAGUUUCAGAACAGGCACACUGGUGGACUGUCCUUACCCUACAAAGAUUACCAAUCCAUCUACCCCAACUGGAAAAUCCCCCCUGAGUGGCCUAAAAAUAAUGAGACUGGAACAUUCUGGAAGUACGUGUUCAUGAGAUACAACGCAAGGUUUGCUCAAAAUUACCAGUGUGAGUCGGCCACAGUUCCUGAAGAAUGGAAGAAAAUUAGACAAGAGGACGCUCUGAGAAACCUGAAAAAAGCCUUUUCUAUUAAUGAGUGACAUCAACUUUAAUCAUUGACCUUUACAAGUGAUAGUACACUUAAUGCAACACAUAUAUAUGUAUAGGCAUUUAUGUAUGUAUGAACAAUCAAAUUCUCUGUCUAAAUGCUGUAGUAUAUUCUAAACAGUAAGUUAGAGUUUUUUAAUCAUGUAGCACUGUUCUGUUCUUUUCUUUAGAUAAGAAUGCUAAAUAUCCAGUGAUUAAUGUAAACAGCAAGGACAUAAAUGAAAUCACUUUGGAAUUAUUAUAUUUUAUAUUUUUUAGCAGCAACAUCAGUGAAACCUGGAAAGGAAUUAUGAAACAUAAUCAUAAAGUGCAUCUGCAUAAUUGCACCUCAAUACUAUAGUGAUUUUAAGGUAAUUCUUUAAUAAAACAUAAAAUGUAUAAA